ACCCUGCAAGCAACAUCAGUCUCCAUCCCUACUGUUCCUCUGGUGAACCAGGUUAAAUUGAAUUUGCAACAAGAUGCCUAAACUCCUGAAAAGCAUUGUCAAUGUCAUCGAUGUUUUCUAUCAAUAUGCCACUGAAUAUGGGAACUGUGACAUGUUAAGCAAAGAAGAGAUGAAAGAACUUCUGUUAACAGAGUUUCACCAAAUUCUGAAGAAUCCAGAUGAUCCAGACACCGUAGAUAUCAUCAUGCAAAGUCUGGAUCGAGAUCAUAACCACAAAGUGGAUUUUACUGAGUAUCUUCUGAUGAUACUCAAGCUGACUAAAGCUUGUAAUAAAAUAAUUGGCAAAGAUUACUGCCAAGCUUCAGGGUCAAAGCAGAAAAAUCACAGUCACCAGCACCAAGAGGAACAGAGUAAAAAAGAAACAGAAAACAAGGAGCAAAAAGGCUCUUUAAGUUCUAGUGCAGGAGAGAAUGACUCUUAUUCCAGGGGCUCAAGAGGAAGCAAUAAAAACAAAUCCAGAAAACUAAUAAAAGGGAAGGAGCAAAGUUCUAAACAAACGACAAAAUCAAAUUCAAGUCAUCACGAAAAUAGUGAGGAUUAUGAACAAGGCAAGCAUGGAUCAGGAUUUUCCAACUCAUCUAGCAACGGGAGACCUAGCUCAAGGAAAGCUUCUGGCUUUCCUCAACCUGCUUCAGAACCAGGACAAUCUUCUAGCUCCAGUACAAAAGGAUCUGGUGAAUGUUAUUCUUCUGGUAAUGGAAAACAUGGUUCAUCAUCAGGAGGAUCAGCAGUUUCUGGCUCAGGUGAAUCGAACACCUAUGGUAAACAAGGAACAGGAUCAAGUCAUUCAUCAAGACACAGAAGAGGCAGGUCUACCUCAAGGGAAUCUUCUGGCUCCCAAGAAUAUAGCUCUGGAUCAUCAGAAGAACCUGGCUUUACACAACAUGGAUCUGGUCAAAAAAACUCUUCUACAGGUGGAAAAAAUGGUUCCUAUUCUGGAGAGUCAACAGGGAGACAUGAAGAAAAAUUUGGAUCUAGUCAUGAAUUCCGAUCGGGACAAUCAAUCACCUCUGGUAACCAAGACUAUCAUUCUAAACAGUCAUCAAGCUAUGGCACACAAGAGUGUGGGUGUGGCGAGUCUUCCAUGAAGAAGGCACAUGUUUCUGGUUCAGGACACUCUUCUGGUACAGGUAAAUAUGGAUCCACUUCAGGACAAACUUCAAAUUCCACUACACAAGGUUGUGGACAAGGCAAGUCCUCUGGGUCUGGACGAAAUGGCACCUCAUCAGGACAGACUUCAGGCUGUGGGUCAGGUCAGUCCACUCGCUAUGGUGAAAAAGGUUCAGGAUCACGUAACUCAUCUACCCACAGGAGAGGCAGGUCUACCUCAAGGGAGUCUUCUACAUCUCAACAGUAUGGAUCUGGCUCAGGAGAAUCUUCUGGCUUUAGUCAAGGAGAGGCAGGUCUACCUCAAGGGAGUCUUCUUGUUCCCAACGUGAUGUUUCGGGCUCAGGAGAAUCUUCUGGCUUUAGUCAGCAUCCAUCAUGUCAAGGUGAGGCCUCUCACAGUGGGCAAUGUGGUCCUUUCUCUGGACAAUCAUCUGGUCAUAUUCACCAUGGACCUUGCAUGGGUCAAACUAAAGGCUCGUUUCAGUCAUCUAACUGUGGAAAGCAGGGUUCUACUUCAUGGCAAUCUUCUGGUUUUGACCAGCAAAGGUCUGGAUCACAUCAGUCUUUUCCUUGUAGUAAUCAUGAGUCUACCUCUCAAGAGUAUUCUAGCUUUGGAUCAUGUGUGUCUGGUUCAGGAGAAUGUUCUGGCUUUGGUAACCAAGUAUCUAGACCAGGUCAGUCUACUUAUGAGCAUCAUGAAUCUAAUAGAAAUCAAUCUUCUGGCUAUAGUCAAUAUAAUACUCCAUCAGGACAGUCAUACUGCAGUGGUCAGUGUGGAUCUAAUUCAAACCAAUCCUCUAGCUACAGAGAACAGGGACUUGGUUCAAAUCAGUCUUCUCACUAUGGCCAAUAUAGAUGUCCCUCAAGUCAUUACUCUAGCCAGAGCCAACAUGGAGUUGGGUGUAGUCAUGGUUUUAACACUGGUCAAGAUGGAUCUGGUUCCUAUCCCUCUUCUAUCUCCAGAGAAAACUGUCCAGGAUCUGGUCUGUGCCCUACUUCACAACAAUAUGGGUCUGGUUCGUGUCAGUCCUUUAGUCCUGGAUCAUGUGUUUCUGGAUAUGGUCAAUAUUCUAACUUUGAACAACCUCAGUCAAAUAGGAGAUGCGGAAACCAGUGGGAAUCUGGCUGUAGCUCCUCAAAUUGUAAUGAAAAUCAAUCAAUAA